AUGUUUUCAGAUUCUUUACCAAACAAAUCCUAAAGUGUUUGUUUUGAAACUUUUGGGACCAAAUAGAUACUAACUUCAAAUCUUAAGGACUAAAAAUGUAUUUUGCCCUCCUUAUUAAUACAAAAUAUUAAAAGGUAAUUGAAAUUGUAAUUUAACCCGCAGUUAAAUAAUUAAAUAAUUUCCGCCCAUAACUCUAAGAAGCGGUUAAUCCUUUACUCUAUCCAUUAACUUCCUUUCUCCUUCCCCCGCCAAAUGUUGUUGGGUCUUUGUCAAUGGAAAUUGCAGUCACUCUAAGCAUUCAUAGACUCUCUUCAACUCCUAAUUUGAUCAAUGUUUCAAAGGAUUGGAACUCAAUCAUAAAGCACCAAACCAAGCUUAAGAAUGAUCAUGCCAUUCUUUCUACAUAUACCCAGAUGGAAUCUCUUGGCAUUGCACCCGAUUCUGCUACAAUGCCUCUUGUUCUAAAGGCUUGCGGGAGGCUCAACGCCAUUGAUAAAGGGGUAAGAAUUCAUUCUUGUAUUAGGGAUUCGGAUUUGAUCAAAGAUGUUCGGAUUGGGACUGCCUUGGUCGACUUCUAUUGUAAAUGUGGGCUUGUUACAGAGGCCAGUAAAGUGUUCGAUGAAAUGCUUGAACGAGAUUUGGUAUCGUGGAAUGCUUUGAUUUCGGGAUAUGUGGGGUGUUCGUGCUAUAAGGAAGCAGUGUUGUUGUUCAUGGAGAUGAAAAAGGCAGGCCUCACACCCAAUUCCCGUACCGUAGUGGCUCUGCUUUUGGCAUGUGGUGAGAUGUUGGAGUUAAGAUUAGGACAAGAGAUUCAUGGUUUUUGUUUGAGAAAUGGAUUGUUUGAUAUGGAUGCUUAUGUCGGUACUGCUUUGAUAGGAUUUUAUAUGAGAUUUGAUGCAGCACUUUCACACCGUGUUUUUAGCUUGAUGGUGGUGAAAAACAUAGUGAGUUGGAAUGCAAUAAUAACCGGAUAUUUUGAUAUUGGAGAUUACGCGAAAGCUUUGAAGCUUUUUAGUAGUAUGCUGACAGAGGGUAUAAAGUUUGAUGCUGUUACCAUGUUGGUGGUAAUUCAAGCAUGUGCAGAAUCUGAAUGUCUCCGAUUAGGCAUGCAACUGCACCAAUUGGCUAUCAAGUUCAAUUUUAUUGAUGACUUGUUUAUAUUAAAUGCACUAUUGAAUAUGUAUAGUGAUAAUGGAAAUCUGGAAUCAUCAUGUGCGUUGUUUAAUGCCGUUCCCACCUCUGAUGCUGCUUUAUGGAAUUCUAUGAUAUCUGCUUACGUUGUUUUUGGAUUUCAUGCUGAAGCUAUAGCUUUGUUUAAUAAAAUGCGUUUGGAACACAUAAAAGAAGACGAAAGAACCAUUGCGAUUCUGUUGUCUUUAUGUGAAGAUCUAAAUGAUGGUUCGAUAUGGGGUAGAGGCUUACAUGCUCAUGCCACGAAAAGUGGAAUGGAACUAAAUGCAUUUCUGGGCAAUGCAUUGUUAAGCAUGUACGUUGAGCACAAUCAAAUUGAUUACACACAGAAUGUUUUUGAGAAGAUGAGCGGCUUGGAUGUCAUCUCGUGGAACACUUUGAUAUCAGCACUUGCUCAGAGUAAGUUUCGAGCCAAAGCAUUUGAACUCUUUACGAUGAUGUGUGAAUCAGAAAUCAAGUUUAAUUCGUACACGAUGAUAUCUCUCCUCGCAUUGUGUAAAGAUGGAAGUGAUUUACUGUUUGGGCGAUCGAUCCAUGGUUUGGCAAUAAAAAAUGGUCUUGAAAUAAAUACUUCUUUGAACACUUCACUGACUGAAAUGUACGUCAAUUGUGGUGAUGAAGGAUCAGCUACAAAUCUGUUUACUAGAUGUCCUCAAAGAGAUUUAAUCUCAUGGAAUUCCCUUAUUUCAAGUUAUAUAAAGAAUGACAAUGCAGGAAAAGCUCUAUUACUUUUUAACCAUAUGAUUUCUGAGCUGGAGCCCAACUCUGUGACAAUCAUAAAUAUUCUCACAUCUUGUACCCAGCUUGCCCAUCUACCACUAGGACAGUGCUUGCAUGCUUACACAACUAGAAGGGAAAAAUCUCUUGAGUUGGAUGCUUCACUAGCAAAUGCUUUUAUAACAAUGUAUAUGCGAUGUGGUAAAAUGCAAUAUGCAGAAACGAUUUUUAACACCCUGCAGGCAAGAAAUAUUGUCUCAUGGAAUGCCAUGAUAACAGGAUAUGGCAUGCAUGGUCGCGGACGUGAUGCUACUCUAGCCUUUGCAAAGAUGUUGGAUGAUGGUUUCAAGCCAAACAAUGCAUCUUUUGUAUCUGUUUUAUCUGCCUGCAGCCAUUCUGGUUUGACCGAGACAGGUUUGCAGCUUUUCAAUUCCAUGGUGCAGGAUUUUGGUAUGGCUCCUCAACUUACUCACUAUGGUUGUAUGGUCGAUCUGCUUGGUCGUGGGGGUCAUUUUCCUGAAGCUAUAGCUUUCAUCAACUCAAUGCCCAUUGAGCCUGAUGCAUCAAUUUGGAGAGCUUUGCUCAGUUCAUGUCAGGUUAAAAGCAAUAAAAAGCUAGUGGAGACCAUCUUUGGAAAGCUUGUUGAAUUAGAACCAACCAAUCCAGGCAAUUUUGUUUUGCUUUCCAAUAUCUACGCAGCAGCAGGCCUUUGGUCAGAGGUUGUACAGAUAAGAAAGCGGCUUAGAGAAAGAGGUCUAGGAAAGCCUCCAGGAACUAGCUGGAUUGUAAUUGGAAAUCGGGUUCACUAUUUCACUGCUACUGACGUUUUACACCCUCAAUCAGAAAAGAUCUACGAAAAUUUGAAUUCUUUGACAUCAUUGAUCCGAGAUAUGGGCUGAAAUUUAGAAUUUUCUGGCGUCCAGCCAGACCGCCAGAACGUGAUUUUAAGUGGGUAUAUAUGUAAAAGAGCUUUUAAAAAAAAAAAAAUUGUCAAGAUUUGCUCCUUGCAUUUCGCUCUCAUGAUUCAAUCCUGCUAAUUCUAAACUGAACGAGAUGUGCUUUGUGAGAGAAUUGUAAAAUGGAGGGGAUGAGUCCCAGAUCGAUAUUCUCUGUUCUUUCCCAAGAUAUCUUACAAGAGCUCCUUGUUAUGUGGAACAGGUGUACAUUUUGGACUGUUCUUGCUGCAUUCUUCGUUGCAAUCUCCAACGGUGUGAUUGGCCAAUUGCCUGGUUCCAACAACAGAUCAAGAUUGCUCCAAGAACCGAACCGAAUUCAAGUGCCAAGAACAUUCAUCAUUCAGGAAGCAGGAGAAGAGGCAAGCAUUUGAUAACAAUGAUCAAAAACCGGAAAUCAAAAGACGAAGAACCAUUUCAUUUUUUGUUUUCGGCUUCUAAAAAUUAAGCCUAUUUAAAUAGGCUUAAUUUUCAAAAACAAAAAAUAAAAAACGAAAUUGUCCCGUUUAGCCUAUUUAAAUAGGCUUAAUUUUCAAAAACAAAAAAUAAAAAACGAAAUUGUUACCAAACGGGACGGAUCAUUUUGCAUUUUUGCAUUGAAGAAGAGAGUCAUCAUA